AUGGUGAGGAAAAGCAAGGGUCGUCAGAAGGUUGAGAUGGUCAAGAUGGCCAAUGACAGCAACCUUCAGGUGACUUUCUCGAAGCGCCGCUCUGGCCUUUUCAAGAAGGCCAGUGAGCUUUGCACUCUGUGCGGAGCUGAGAUAGCCAUCAUAGUGUUCUCGCCAGGGAGGAAGGUCUUUUCCUUUGGCCACCCCUGCGUGGAGUCUGUGAUAGAGCGUUUCCUCACCCGAAACCCUCCUCACCAUCAGAGCUCUGGUACCAUGCAGCUCAUUGAGGCUCACCGCAACGCUAACGUUCGGGAGCUCAAUACCGAGCUGACUCAGGUUACCAACGACCUGGAGGUCGAGAGGAAAAGAGGAGAGGAGAUUAACCGGGUGCGCAAGGCGAGCCAGGGGCAUUGCUGGUGGGAGUCUCCUAUUGAGGAGAUGGAGCCGUCACAGUGUCAGCAGCUGCGUGGAUCUCUAGAUGAGCUGAAGAAGGCAGUGACUAAGCAGAUUGAUAGGCUUCUGAUUCAGUCCACCUCAAACCCUAAUCCUUUUUUUGCAGCGGGCAGCUCUGGUAAUCCAGCUCUGAUCCCCAACAUGGGGUUUAAUGGAGUGCCUGUUAUGCCUCCUCAUCCCCAUCCUCAUGCAUGGAAUCCAGCAUUUGGUCGCUUCUUCUGA